UUGAGCCAAGAAGAGUGAGGGUUUAAGGAUUUAAGCUCAGAAUCAAGAAACGAAAGAGCAACAAAAUUGAGGGGGAGGGUUUAAGGCUUUUCAGAUAAGAAGAGAAAGAAAGAGACCGAGCUAAAGAUGGCUAGUGAAACUAACAAGACAAGUGGAAGCAGGAAGAGUGGAGGAGGCAAUGGUGGUUUCAGGGCUAAAUUGGAUCAUUACCUGUAUAGUGGGGAAAAGAAGCAUGUCAUCGCAGGCAUAGCCAUAAUUGGCGUCCUCUUUGGGGUUCCUUGGUACCUCAUGAACAAAGGCUCAAAACAGCAAUCUCAUCAGGACUAUAUGGAAAGAGCUGAUAAAGCACGAAGUGAGAGACUUUCAAAAGGUUCAUCAGCAGCUUCAACAUCUUAGUGUGGGGAAAAGCUAGCUCGAUGAUUGUCUGAUCAUGGUUCAUCGGACUUGCUGUUUCCUUUAUACCACCCUAGUCCGUUCUAUUUUUUGUGCUCAACAGAGAGUAAUGGAAGCUUCAUUAGGAUUUUUCAGAUGUUAUAAUGUUGCUGCACGGUUGUUUAUAUGUGAAUUGUUAAGGCGUAGGCUCCCUUUUACAUUUGAUUUGACCAUCAUGUUCAAGAAGAGCAUUUCUAUUUCAAGAAAUUGGAAAGCAGGAAACUUCUGCAUUAAUAAUGAAAAUCAGACGGUUGGGGAGUCAA